AUGAAAACAUCAGCUGUCGACGCGAAUAUUAGAUCCCUCAAUCGGACAUGGCUCUGUAAGGUUACGCAGGUCCUGAUCGACCAUUACCAAACCACACUUCAAGAGAAGCUGACCACCAUUCGUACCAAGUCUUUAUCAUCACCUGCCGUCGACCGCUUCGUUUCUCAUGCCCUGUCCUUGGCCCGUCGCUCCUAUGGGAAACGUCUCACUCAAGCUGUAAUCUCCAAAUUCUACCAAACAAUCAACGAAACAAAAACCAGAGUAACUAUAUCUCUACCAACUGAAAUGGACACUACACCUGCACCAUCUAGAGCCACCACGCUGCCGAACCAAACCCCUAAACGAGCCCGAAGUUCACCUACUCCUAGUCCAGCAGACAUAGGAAAACGCUCUCGUAGAGAGGGCACUCCCCUUCUCUUUUCACUUUCAGACUCGUCUUUCCCUUCCACACCAUCUGAAUCUUCACUACGUGAUCCAGGAUCCGCCAACCUUUCUUCCUUCUGUGCGUUUUUGGACCAGCAAACCACCCCUCAGUCUCCAUCCAAGUCGAGACGUGUAUCCAGACCUUCCCCCCCUCGAACCAGAUCCCAGUCCGUUCCCAAUGCUACAAUUCUAACAACUACCAAACCAGUACCAAUCACACCGUCGACAACCAUUAUAUCCGCUACCAAACCGUAUUAUCACCAAACCAAGGACAAAUCAUCAUGGAAGAAAGCACAACAGAACCUCAGCACUCUCAACAACAUGAUGAUGGAGUCCAGUAUCAACAGCGCAACAAUCUUACCACCCUACAAAGAAGAAUUCGAACCAGUUGAUAAUCUUCAUUGGUCUCCAGAAACAGCAAACAGCAUCUAUUUGUUUUGGAUACACCAGCUUCAAGCAUCGAGUCAGAAUAAGAACAGAAGAAAACCCAAAAUCAAGACCCUUAAUCCUAAUUUCUAA